GCUACCAUGCUUAAUGGAAUCAUGUAUUUUGUUAAACCCAGGCGAGGUGGCAUGUGUGCCACUCGCGCUAAACGGAGAGUUGACGGAUGUAACGGGCCAGCCUCCCACAUCCUCCUCCAGCGGGGGAAGUAACGGGAGGAGCUCGAGGACUCGGGGAUCAGAUAGCACGGCACGCACGCGACACCGCCCCUGUAGUGGCGUAAACAGCUGGAAUAGGCAACGAGUCCGUUAGGCAGUAGACUUUAGCGGGCAAUCUGGAGUUAAAGUUUACCGUUAUAACACUAAAACUAGAGUAACUAUAGUGAACUGCCGUAAACGCAGCGUUCCGUUUCUCCUCCUCCAUGGCCUCUUCCUCUCCGCAGAAGACUCCCUCCUCGCCCUCCAAAACUCCCACUCCCAAAUCGCCUCCGUCCCGCAAGAAGGAUGAGACUUUCCUCGGCAAACUCGGCGGCACUCUGGCCAGGAGGAAGAAAGCUAAAGAAGUUUCGGAGUUGCAGGAGGAGGGGAUGAAUGCCAUCAAUCUCCCGUUAAGCCCCACCCCCUUCGAGCUGGAUCCCGAGGACACCAUGCUGGAGGAGAAUGAGGUCCGCACCAUGGUGGAUCCAAACUCCAGAAACGACCCCAAGCUACAGGAACUCAUGAAGGUGCUCAUUGACUGGAUAAAUGACGUCCUAGUGGGUGAGAGGAUCAUCGUGAAGGAUCUGGCAGAAGAUCUCUACGACGGACAGGUGCUGCAGAAACUAUUUGAGAAGUUGGAGGGUGAGAAGUUGAAUGUUGCGGAGGUGACCCAGAGUGAGAUCGCUCAGAAGCAGAAACUGCAGACGGUUCUGGAGAAGAUUAACGACACUCUCAAACUCACACAACGCAGCGUCAAGUGGACCAUCGACUCGGUCCAUGCCAAGAGUAUUGUUUCCAUCCUUCACCUCUUGGUGGCGCUAUCGCAGCACUUCAGAGCUCCCAUACGACUCCCAGAGCACGUGUCUAUUCAAGUGGUGGUGGUGCAGAAGAGAGAGGGAAUCCUACAGUCAAGACAAGUGCAGGAGGAGAUCACAGGAAACACUGAGGCCAUGUCAGGAAGGCAUGAGAGAGAUGCCUUCGAUACACUCUUUGAUCACGCACCUGACAAACUCAACGUUGUCAAGAAGACUCUCAUCACCUUCGUCAACAAACACCUCAACAAACUCAACCUGGAGGUGGCAGAGCUGGAGACACAGUUUGCAGAUGGUGUGUAUCUCGUCCUCCUGAUGGGUCUUCUAGAAGGAUACUUCAUCCCUCUCUACAACUUUUUCCUCACGCCUGAAAACUUCGACCACAAGGUCCACAAUGUUGCCUUCUCUUUUGAGCUAAUGCAGGAUGGCGGACUGGAGAGACCCAAACCACGACCUGAAGACAUUGUUAACUGCGACCUGAAGUCGACUCUGAGGAUCCUCUACAACCUCUUCACCAAGUACAGAGGAGUGGACUAACACACACACACACACACACACACACACACACAC